AUGACGAGAGGGUUGUUGUUAUUUCAACAUGUAGACAUUUUUCUGUUAUCAAUAUUUUAUAUAUGUCGUGUCGACGAUGUUUUUAAAAUGAUUGUUUUAUGCCCUCAAGUGAAACUCACUCACUCAUGGAAGUCAUUAUUAGCCGUUAAUUGCUUUCUGAACUCAACGAUUGCUAGCAGUUAA